GCCAUGUCAAUAUGAAGUAAUACAUGUUUAUUUUAUCAAUCAUCUUCCGUCUUUACUACUUGUAAAAUUCUACGAACCAUCGUGUAAUAGCUUCGAGACAGACAUGUGCAAGCUUAAUCUAGAGUUAGCAAGGAACUAUACAGACUGUUGCUACAACCAUUACUUUAAUGGAUCCACAUGCAUUGUCUGUGAUCACGGUUACUUCGGCCACAACUGUAACACAAAAUGUGGGAUUGGUUACUAUGGUUACAUCUGCAGUCAAAAGUGUCAGUGCUCUAAUGAAAGUUGUAACUACGAAACCGGAUGCACAAUAGAUGCAACUGAAGGCAAGGAAUUUGUUAUCAGUACUUUAGAACAACCAGGACAGACUACAGAUACCAUUUACUCUUCAUCUGAAAUCAAAACAUCAAUAGCGAAUUCAAAUUCUGAUCUAACAACUCGGAAGAAACAGUUACCAAAUCAUGUCACAUCAGCGGCGCAGAUAACGAACAAAACAGGUCUCAUAAACAAAAUUACCACAACAAGUGGUGCAACAUCUGAUGUUGCAGAAGUCCCAUUGAAUUACUCCACCGUCAUUGUAGUGAUUGGAGGGAUAAUUGCUUUGUUUCUGGGUGUCAUUAUGAUACAGUUUUGUGUGAAACUACAUCUGAGUCGUAGAAAGAAAUCGAGGAGGAUAUCUCGGAAUAGUGUCCAUCUUCCUGAAGAAGAAACGUAUCAGGAAAUCAACGAAGCCGUUAUGGGCUCCAUUACUGAGCAAUACCGUAAGUGCGAUAACUCAGCAAAAGUACAAAAGUACUAUGAAAUUGAAAAAUUAAACUCUAAUAGAGAUAAGCCAUACGAAAAAAUGAGGAGCCAGACUUCACAAUAUCAAGAUGUCGAAAGCGAAGUAGCGAUAGACAACAGCGAGUCGUCUCAAUCAUCAACAAGCCCUAACUCAACUAGCAGCAAUACAUCCUAUCUCAAACCGAAAACUAAGAAAAGGGACCGCCAUAGUUAUAUACAGGUUUUAAACACCGUCACACCCAAAGAAGAUAUAAUUCAGGGUUCUCCUAUCAAUGUGGAUGGCGAAGGUCAUCUCAACCAACACAAUCCAUCAUCCCAGUAUAUAGAUCCCAUCAGCGCUGUCGUUCUGUCUGGACACGAAGGAGAGGGAUAUGAACGAUGUGGUGAUAAAAGUGCAUAUUUAGAUGUAAUGAGCGAUUCUUUUGUGGAAAGUUCAUAUCUUGAUGUUGUUCACCAUGUGCCGAAUAAUUAAACGACUACUUAUACAUACGCAUGUUUUAAUUGACAUUGAGAUAUAACAGGAUCAAUUUCAAAGAAUUGUGUGUAAACUAUUUCAUACUUUCACGAAAUUAAAAUAGAUAACCCUAGA